CGUGUGGGACGACGGUGAAAACAGGGCGCCUGGGGCGAUUUGAUCAAGGUUCGUGAAAUUUACACGUGACUCUCGGAAUGUAGAAGGCCGAGAAGGCCCACGGAGGGGGAGCAGUUCCAAAUAUCACGUGACUAAAAUGCCCUGCGGCGCCCUGCUUUCACCGGCGUCCUACGUGUGCUGUUUUGUUUGUGUUUUGUGAUUGAUCAAUAUUAGGUGGAUUCUGUGACAAUAAGGUUGUAAAUAUAUCGCUAAGACGCCUCUCAACAUACUCACGAAGCAAGCUAUCAAAAAGGCCAAGAAGAAAUGGGUAAAAAGCAACAUCAGAAGGAUAAAUUGUACCUGACAGCCACCGAGUGGGCCACGCAGUAUGGCGGCCACCGUCCGACGCGGCCCGAGGACCGCGAGUUCCGCCGGCUGCCGUUCACCCACUGCGCGCUGUCGCUGCAGCCCUUCGAGAACCCGCUCUGCACCGCCGACGGGCACGUGUUCGACCUGCUGCACGUCGUGCCGUUCGUGCGGAAAUACAAGAUCGAUCCCAUCACGGGAAAGCCGCUGGAAGCCAAGGCGCUCAUCAAGUUGAAUUUCUUCAAGAACAGUGAUGGAAAGUACCACUGCCCGGUGCUGUUCAAGGUGUUCACGGAGAACUCCCACAUCGUGGCCAUCAAGACCACCGGCAACGUCAUGUCCUACGAGGCGGUGGAGGAGCUGAACAUCAAGCCCCAGAACUGGAAGGAGCUGGUCACAGACGAGCCCUUCACCAGGAAGGACAUCAUCACCAUACAGGACCCCAAGAACCUGCAGAAGUUCAACCUGUCCGCCUUCUACCACAUCAAAAACAACAUCAAGGUCACCGACGAAGAGGCGGAGCGCAGUCGACUGGACCCUCAGGCGCGCCUGAAGAAGGUCAACUCGGUGACCAAGGAUGUGCUGGAGGAGCUCGAUCGCGAGUACAAACCCGCGCAGAAGGAGGUCAAGGAGCAGAAGAAGGCCGACAAGUUCAACGCGGCGCACUUUUCCACGGGUGUGGUGGCGGCCGGGUUCACUUCGACCGUCAUGGAGCCCGUGCUGGAGCACGAGGCGGCCGUCGUCGAUGACGACACGGUCCGAUACAAACACGUCAAAAAGAAAGGGUAUGUUCGUCUGGUGACCAAUGUCGGCCCUCUGAACCUGGAGUUGCACUGUGACCAGACGCCGCGCGCCUGCGAGAACUUUAUCAAACACUGCGCCAGCGGGUACUACAACGGCACCAAGUUCCACAGGUCCAUCAGAAACUUCAUGAUUCAAGGAGGCGACCCCCAGGGAACCGGUGAGGGCGGUCAGAGUAUCUGGGGAGAGCCUUUCGCCGACGAGUUUCGGCCUAAUUUGGGCCACAACGGUCGCGGAGUGCUCUCUAUGGCCAACUCGGGGCCAAACACCAACAAAUCGCAGUUUUUCAUCACGUACCGUUCGUGUAAGCACCUGGACAACAAGCACACGGUGUUCGGCGGCCUGGUUGGAGGGCUGGACACGCUCUCCACCAUAGAGAAGGUGGAGGUGGACAACAAGGACAGGCCCAUCGAGGACAUAGUCAUCACGGCGGCGCACGUAUUUGUUGACCCGUUCGCCGAGGCCGAUCAAGAGCUGGCCCGGCUGAGGACGGAGGAGGCCGAGCGGCUGCAGGCAGAGUCGGGCUCCAAAGUCACCUCCACCUCCGCCCGGAGCGGUAACGCCGUGCGCGGACCGCUCAAACCUCUGAGGGAGGGGGUCGGGAAGUACAUCGCACCCGGAGCCACCGCCGCCGCCGCCGCGUCCAAAACGAAGGCCGACGAGCCGCCGCCGCAGCCGAACAAGAAGCGGAAGGAGGCGUCGUACGAUUUUGGCAGCUUCAGUUCGUGGUGAGCGGGCGGUGGAGGCGGGUUCGUGACGUCACAGUACCGCCGACCCGCCUGGGACUGACUGUGCGACGUCAGGCUGGAAGGUGCGUGGUACGAAAUGUGUGUGGAAUGGAGAGCUGUUUUCUCUGACAGCGCGUUGCAAGGUACUAAGGUGGUGUACUUUUUCCAUCGCAUUCCAUUAUGCUCAUCCAAUUCGCCGGUGAAGUCAUCAGCAAUAAGUGUAUAUUGAGUCACGUUUGCCAAUAACAUGAAAUAUAAACUGAUACAAAUA